GCCGGUCUUCCCAUUAUUUUCAUGGAGGCGGGUCCGCCAGCACAAGCCAAGCCGCCGCGCCCCCCCUGCUUCCGCCUUCGCGCCGCACUUGGGGGCCUCUGCAGCUUCCGUAGCCCCGCCCACCAGGGAAGCGGCGAGAGAGCCCCGGCGCCUAACUGUAAAGCAGCAUGAAGCCACCACAGCGGCGGCGGUCGGCCCCGGCGCGCUAUCUGGGCGAAGUGACCGGCCUUGUGCCCUGGAACCUUCGCGAGAAGCGCCAGCUACUUCGACUUCUGCUGGCGCGGCGGGGCCAGCCGGAGCCAGACGCCGCCGAGCUGGCCAAGGAGCUGUGGAGCCGGAGCGAGACGGAGAUCGGCGACUUCCUCCAGCACCUCAAAAGCCGAGUGGCUCGCGAGGCCACUCAGAAGGUACACCCACAUGGUACUCGGGGUCCAAGGCACACACAGGCACAGAUACUGGCUCCUAUUGAGGUAUGGACAGAUCUAGCUGAGAAGAUAACAGGUCCACUCGAGGAACCGCUGACGGCAGGCUUCUCCCAGGUGCUCACCAUUGCGGCCACUGAACCCCUCAGCCUCUUACACUCCAAGCCCCCCAAGCCUACAAAAGCUCGGGCAAAGCCGCUGCUCCUGAGCACCACCAGAGGGCAGGAGGACUGCACCCCUAAGGCCCCUGGCUCUGCCCCGGAGACCACUGGCUCUGCUCCUAGUGUUUGUGACUUCUCCCUUGGCCCUACACUUAAUGCCUCUGGCACUGCAUCUGUGACCCCUGGCCCCGCCCCAGUGGCUUCUGGUUCUGCCCCUUAUGUAUCAAACCCUGCCCCUGAGGCCUGUGGCCCUGCCCCGGGUGCCUCUGGCCCUCACCCUGAGACCCUCAGCUCUGCCCCUGAGGCACCUGUUGAGUCCCGGGUGGGCCCCUCCCCUGAGGGACACUUCAUCGUGGACUUCGAGAAGAUCUACAAGUACCUGUCCUCUGCCUCCCGGAGUGGCCAGGGCCCAGAGCUCUCCGCAGCUGAGUCGGCUGUGGUCCUUGACCUGCUCCUGUCACUCCCCGAGGAGCUGCCUCACCUCCCCUGUACAGCCCUAGUUGAGCACAUGAUGAAAACCUAUGACCACCUGAUGGCCCCAGAGCCCAGCCCCUCUGGCAGAAGUCCUAGGCCUGAAGCUGGGGAUGAGGGGCAUGGUCCUAGGGUAUCAGAGGAGCCCAGCCAAGUCCCCCCUGGGCCCCCUGGGCACAGUGCACCCAGUGAAUUGAGAUCAGCCUGGCAAGCAGCUGGUAUCUGCCCUCUGAAUCCGUUCCUGGUGCCCCUGGAGCUCCUGGGCUGGGCAGCACCCCCUGCAAGGUGAGUGUGUGGCCAGUGGCAGAUAUACCAGACUCCUGCACUGGACUGUCAUGAGGAUCGUCUUGGAGGUCGCUGAGUGGCCCAGUUCUCAGCCAUAGGUACGGAACUUGGAUGCUGCAUGCAUGGAGGUUCCGGAAAUGGAAUCCCAUUGGUCCAGGGCUCUCCUGGAGCAGCUAGGGCACAGGACCAUGUUACUAGGAGAUAGACAGGCCAGUUCCCCAAGCUCAGCUGUGACUGUUCUCUGCCUCUAUGGAGGGGCAGAGCUGGGCCCCCACUCCAGCACCCCUCACACACCUUCCUCUGUUCAGGCAGCCCAAAUUUUCUCCCUGGACUUCAGGUUGGGCAUCCCUGAGCCCUCUGCAGCUGACCAUGCCACCCCAUGCCUCACCCCCGCCAGAGUCCAGCUGUCACCUGGAAUAAAGUUCCCGUCUACCUGC